CGCACAGUGAGUUCUGCGCGCUCCUGAGAGUCCUUAUAAACACAACAAGACACGACGGUACGGGACCGCGGAGGAUCACCGAUUGUGUGAGAAAAUGACGAUUGUAUCACCAAAAGAGUAAUUUAAAAUUUACUGUUAAUCAGGAUUCCAAUUUUUUCCUGACCCCAGCCAUGUCUUGCCGCGACAUUCACGCCACCAAUGCCUUCGCCUUCAUCAUCGCAAUACUGUCGGUGGGUGGGUUGAUUGUCGCUACGCUCAUUCCUCAAUGGAGAACCACACGCCUGGUUACCUUCAACCGCAAUGCCAAAAACGUGACCGUGUACGACGGCCUGUGGACCAAGUGUGUGCAGCGAGAUGGUUCUACGGGUUGCUAUUACUUUGAUGCGGACUGGUACUCUAAAAUAGAUCAGUUGGACCUCAGACUGCUGCAGUUCUGUUUACCUGCUGGUCUGCUGUUUUCCAGCUUGGCUAUUCUGCUCUGUCUCACUGGCAUGUGUAAAACCGCUUGCUGCUCCAAAACUCCUGAUGACAUCAAGAACUCGCGCUGCUUGGUCAACAGUUCAGGCUGCCACCUAGUUGCUGCGAUGCUUCUGUUUCUAGGUGGGGCCAUCGCCAUGCCACCGUCUGUCUGGUUCCUGUUCCACACGCGCGACCUUAACGAGCGCUACGAAAAUCUGUUUGCCGUUGAGUUCGGGGUGUAUGUGGCCAUCGGCAGUGCUGGUGGUCUGAUCUUAGCUGCUCUGCUGAUGUUCAUGUGGUAUUGCAUGUGUAAAAAACUGCCUUCACCCUUCUGGCUACCUCUCCCUGAAAUGCCCUUAAUGGCCAACAGCCCCUCAGCGCAGCCCCUCAUGUCCAACGGCUUGCCUUCUCCCAUGACCUACGCCCCGCAGAACUUCCCUCCAGCUGUUUUGGAUGCCCCUGCUUUUGUCCCAGCACAGGGGUACCAACCUGUACCAACACAGCCUAUGCCGCCCCACAUCUACAUGCAACAGAUGUCUGUGCCUGACGGUUAUGGCUCAGAAGUCGGAGCUUCACAAGCAUAUAGCUACGCCCCCUCUCAAAGCUACGCACCUUCUCAGGGAUACGCCCCCUCGCAGAGCUACGCCCCCUCACAGAGGUAUGCUGGGCACCGCUAUUCCACACGCUCCCAUAUGUCAGGCAUUGAGAUUGACAUUCCUGUGCUUACAGACUGACACUGCGUUGGGGUGUUCACAGUUGUUUUAAAUUAAAGAGGUCAAUCUGUUAUUGUUUUUCUAUUCAUUCGAAAUAAGAAAAUAGCUGUGAUGGUCAGUUUGAAGUGAACAAAGGGGUAACAUUGACAUAAGCUCCAUUAUUCACUUGAUGUAGCAGGUGCCUCUUAGUUAUAGCACUGAAAAUUGCCAAAAAAGGGGAAAAUGGUCAUAAAUGCAACAACACAAGUGGAAUUAGAAAGUUGAGCAUCUCUUUCUUAAUGUACUUUAUUCUUAAAACACAUUUCUGUGUAAACUGUUUUUUAAUUCCACUUCAAUUUAGUGUGACUGGUUUAUGUUUGAUUUUCAAAGAAAGUAAUUUUGCUCAUGUUUUAUCACCCUGAUGUCUUUAUUAUGCGUUUAAACCUCAAUACUAACACUGAACUUAUUGUUGAUGUUAAGCACUGUAUUAACUUGUUAGUAAAUAUGUCUACUAAUAUUUAAAUAUGAUUAUUAGAAAGAGAUGAAACCUACAUUGACUACUUACACUCAUCUCUGUGGCGUGUAUUAAUGUCAGUGCCAUGAAGUUCCACAUUUGUGGUUUAGAGAAUAUGUUGCUAUUGUUUUAAAUUCUAAUACCUGAUCAUCGUUUGUUUUUUGCUUUGUGUGGUUGUUACAUGACUAUAUGUGAAGGAUAAAUAAUUUUUACUGCUGUGUUUAUGAUGUUUGAAAUUGAUAGAACAUUUUUUUUUUUAAUUUCUGUUCUGUUUUUAGUUUAAAAAUGGUCUAAAUGCUAAAUGAACACUGACAUUUAUAGGCUCUCUGUUUUUGUCUUUUUAUACAUUUAAGAAGAGUUUGCAGGUUUUAAAUGAACUUAUAGUUUAAACCAUGUUACUAGUCUCUGCCUGAUGCCUUUGAAAAUUUUACUAAUUAUCAAGACUGUACUUCCACUUUUUGAUUUAUGUAUGAGCCUUAUAUGAGCAACACACCUUUAAUGAAACGAGUUACAUUCCAGUCUCCUCUUUUUACUGCAAAUGUUUUUGUUGUUGCUUUUUAAAGGUCCCACACCAGAGAAGUCACCGCAAUGUAACUCAUUGUAAUGUUUGUUUACUGUUCCAUUAAUGAAAUAAGAGAAAAACACUAAUGUCUUACAAACAAAUAGUUUGUCUUACAUUGCCUACGAAAUAAUGCACAGAUCUAUUUCAUUUGGCCUUUUUCUGCAAAGCUGUGUUGCAAAAUGUCAAUUUUAAUUCAUGUUUUUUUUACAUAGUAUAUGGACUACUAAUGUCUUGAAUUCUCUUUAUUAAAAUGCAAUUUAUUGAAUGACA